CACACUAACCCAAAAAAAAUGACCUUUCAACCUAUUGUUCUUCUUGGAACGACGAGGAGAACGGGUGAUCGAGAUGACGACGACAAAUGGAAGACAGAGAUCGACGUCGAUGAAAAUCACAACAACCGCGACCAAAGAUAUGAUCAAAAUGGGAAGAGGACGAGGUUUCCGACGGCAGCUAUAAGAGGAGGAGUACCGGUACCCAGGGGAACGUCAACAACGGUGAAGAGAGGCGGCACGUGGGACCAGCGACGUUAGCUCGUGGGAUCGGCGGCGACUCCCUCGUCGGCUACAGAAGGGGAAGGCGAGGCAAACAAGUGAAGGGAGAAAUGGUCGCCGCCGGCAAAUCUGUAUUUCGCCGACGACGACAACAAUGACAAAAGGGUGAGUUUGUUUUUGUAAGCUUUAUUUCUGGAUCUGUUUGCUAACCGGGUUUGAGAUGUUCAAUUAAAUUGAAAAUGAUUAUGGUGGUUUACAGUUUUGUUUUGUUAGUUAGGGGAAAACUUGAUUGGUUAUGAUGGUUUUGAAC